CUGGUGAACAGCAGCACAGCGUGUGCAGGGAGGGUAGAGGUCCAGGUGCUGGGGACCUGGGGGACCCUCUGUGCCUCCCACUGGGAUCUCUCGGAUGCCCACGUUCUCUGUCGUCAACUCAACUGCGGGUUUGCUGAGUCCGUUCCUGGAGGAGAGCAUUUUGGGAGAGGGACUGGCCCUGUCUGGAGAGACUCAUUCCACUGUGAUGGGACAGAAGCCCAUCUGGGACAGUGCCCAGUGAUCACCCUGGGGGCCUCACCAUGCUCCCACGGGAACAACGCUGCUGUCGUUUGCGCAGGCUCAGCUGGCUUUGCAUCCCUGCGGCUGGUGGGUGGAGGGAGCCGGUGCGAUGGACGAGUGGAGAUCUUCCAGAACGGGACAUGGGGCAGAGUCCUGGAUGACCAGUGGGACAUGCAGGAGGCCAGCGUGGUGUGCCGGCAGCUGCGGUGCGGAGAGGCAGGGACAGCCUACAACCCCCCAAAGCCUGAGCGAGGGACCGGCCCUGUGGGGCUGCGAGGCGUCCGGUGCGCAGGGCACGAGGCCAGCCUGGCCCUCUGCAACACCUCCCUGCCCGAGAGUGCACCGGCGGCAGGGGUUGCGGAGGACGUGGGAGUCAUCUGCUGGGGUGAGCGGCGCUGCACGGGCCCCCCAGGGAGCCGGAGGGUCCGGCUGGUGAACGGGUCCGGGCACUGUGCUGGGAGAGUGGAGAUCUACUACCAGGGCAUCUGGGGGACUGUCUGUGACGAUGGCUGGGACCUGUCUGAUGCCGCCGUCGUUUGCCACCAGCUGGGCUGUGGAGGGGCAGUGGAGGCAGCCGGCUCCGCUCAGUUCGGGGAAGGCUCCGGGCAGAUCUGGCUGGAUGGCAUGAACUGCUCUGGGGCCGAAGCUGCUCUCUGGGACUGCCCUGCCAGGCCCUGGGGGCAGCACGACUGCGGGCACAAAGAGGAUGCGGGAGUCAUCUGCUCAGAGUUCGUGGCCCUGAGGCUGGAGAACAGUGAUGGCUGCUCCGGGCACCUGCAGGUUUUCUACAACGGGACGUGGGGCAGCAUUUGCUCCAACUUGAUGACUCUCGACACGGUGUCGCUGGCAUGCAAGGAGCUGGGCUGCGGGGAUGGAGGAUCCCUGGAAAGAAGCCUGCCUUAUGGCAAUGUGUCUGGUCCUACAUGGCUGGAUAACAUGCAGUGUGGGGAGAAAACCAGCUCCUUCUGGCAGUGUCCCUCUGCUCCCUGGAACCCACAGUCAUGUGAAGACCCACGAGAGGAGAUCCACAUCACCUGCAAUGACAGGGAGAAGAUUCGUGCCAUGGGAGGUGAGGACGGGUGCUCGGGCAGAGUGGAGGUCUGGCACCGUGGCUCUUGGGGGACGGUGUGCGACGACUCCUGGGACAUGCGGGAUGCUGAGGUGGCGUGCAGGCAGCUGGGCUGCGGCCCCGCGGUGUCUGCCCUGCAUGAGGCUGCAUUUGGGAUGGGGACGGGCCCCAUCUGGCUGGAGCAGGUGGAGUGCCGGGGGACAGAGCUGUCUCUGCAGGACUGCUGGGCCCGGCCUGGGGAUGGUGGUGCUUGCCGGCAUAAGGAAGAUGCUGCGGUGAACUGCUCAGGUGACAAUAAAACAAAUCAAGUGAGGCUGGUGAAUGGCAGCAGGCGCUGUGCUGGAAGAGUGGAGGUGAAACACAAUAGCCAGUGGGGGACGGUGUGUGGUGACUACUGGAGCAUGAACGAUGCGGCAGUGGUUUGUAAGCAGCUGGGCUGUGGGUCUGCUGUUGGAGCUCCUCAGUAUGGACACUUUGGGCCAGGAUCUGGCCCCAUUUGGAUGGAUGAUGUUGGCUGUAAUGGCACUGAGUCUGCCCUGUCUGACUGCAAACAUAGACGAUGGGGUGAAAAUGACUGUGAUCACACUUACGAUGCUGGAGUGAUGUGUUCAGAUGAGUCCUCCAUCCCUUCCCUGGGGUGUCCAUUGGGCUUCAUCAAUCUCCACCCAUUCUGCCAGUUUGCAGCCAACAAUGCUGAGGGUGCCUGUGCUGGAAACACCCGGGGGCACUUGCUCGGCACGCCACGCUUUGGAGGAAUGGCAUGA